AUGGCGGAGUUAAUGAAUGCUCUCGAGUUGGUCCCAUUCCCAUUUAUAUUUGCCCUCUAUGGCUGCUAUAUUCUCGAGGAAUAUGUCUUGGAGCUGAAGAGUCUGCCGGAAGAGCUUCAUCUUCUCUGUCCACGUAAAAAUGACGAUGAUAUGGAACAGUACAGCAAAUACAUCGAUAACGAAAACAAGAAUAAUGAACUCGAUGUUAAGCCGAGCGUUGAAGUGCUAGAGAGGAUAUCAGAAGCCGCUGUCCGUCGAGAGAAGUUCCUCUCAUGUAUACAGCUACUGGCUUUCAGCGGCGAGGAGGUUGAAGUACACCAGCAAUGGAUAUGGAGGCGUCUCGAGGGGACAUUAGAAAGAUGUGAUAUCUGCAUCAAAGAGUAUUACAAGGGGAAAAUAUGGCUAAUCGGAACCCUGGGUGAAAGCUACGAUGAGUCUGAAGUGGAAAAAUUCAGUAAAAUGCUUGACGAUUGGGAUAUUAGCAGGGUUGGGAGGAACUUGGAUAAGGCUGCCAGUAUGCUCAGAAGUGUUCCCCCUGAACGGCGUAAGCUAAGCGUGCUUGACCGGGCCGCUAUGCUGUCUAUUUUUGAAGCGCUAAGCUCUACUCCCGUCCUGGGGAAUGAGAAUGUUCUUCGCGAGCAUUUUGACGAGCCCUUUAAAUUGGUGCAAAGUUUGCGCACUUUAAAGAUAACCGAAUAUGUGCCUGCGGCGACACGGUUCCUUUUUGACCAAGUUCAGCAUAGAAACCACUGGGCGGUGUUUACAUGGUCAAGGCUAGGUCGAGCACCGACGACCUCGGAAUUCGACUGGGCAAUCAAAGAGCCAUUGCUCGCGGCUUUACGUCGGGCGUCGAGCCCCCCGUUUGACGCUGACUUCGUUGAUACAUUAUGGCGCGGAAUCACCAUCAUAAUUGAAAGACUUAAUAAAGACCAAAUCACGCACAACCUUCGAGGCCUUGAGCUCGAUCCUUGCCGGCUGUCUGUUGAUCAUCUAGCUAUCCAAUCUCCAGCUUUACGAUCUGUUAUCAACACAAUACAUGCUCUCCUAGAAAAAUCUCCGGGUGAUUUCUGGGAUGCUAUGCAAACCAUCUCACCGCAAGCAAUCAUCGAACAGAUAUUUUAUAAUCCACAAUACGAAAAGUUUUUGAUUGCCACCGAUAAUGACGAGCCCUUGGCUCAGUCACCUUUGAGAGAUAUGCUAUCCUGGAUAGAUCCGUUUAUUACAUCCCUAAAGAAUACCCACCAGCCGCAGGCAUGUCGCUUUCUAGUCCAUCAGCUUCUCAAUCGCCUUCAGGAGCCGCGAUUCCCUACCAUCGUCAAAUACCAUUGCUUUCGGAGUGGACUGACGGUGCUAUACCGUACUCUACGAAGUUUUACAGAUAAUGAAGACACGAGAGGCUCAGUGGCCACUAUUGUCUUAUCGGAAUGA